AUGCCAAUCAAAUCUUCCUUCCCGCCGCUCGAGAUUCCCGACGUCGACAUCUGGACGCUUCUUUUUAACCGCAAGGACAAAAAAUACCCGGGAGACAAGGUGCUUUAUCAAGAUGCCGAUACCGGUCGUUCGUACACCUAUGACCAAGUCCGGUCCCUGACGCUCGAUUUCGGCAAAGGUCUAAAGGCAACCUGGGACUGGAAAAAGGGCGACGUAUUAGCAAUUUUCUCGCCGAACACGAUCGACAUUCCUCCUGUGAUAUGGGGUACUCACUGGGCUGGCGGUGUUGUGAGCCCCGUCAAUCCGGCGUAUACCGCCGACGAAUUGGCAUUCCAGCUCAGGGGUACCAAAGCAAGGGUCAUCGCGACGCAGAUCUCCUGCUUACCGACUGCGAUCGAAGCCGCAAGGAAGGUGGGCAUCCCGGAAGAUCGGAUCAUUCUGAUUGGCGACGAAAGACACCCAACUGCCAAAUACAAGCAUUUCACAUCCAUCCAAAAUAUAUCACGCGCCAUUAGAUAUGCCAAAACAAAAAUUAACCCGGGAAAAGACCUGGCGUUCUUGGUGUAUUCUUCAGGUACAACUGGCGUGCCAAAGGGGGUGAUGCUCUCGCAUAAGAAUAUUGUGACAAAUAUCCAUCAGAUGAGUGCUGGAGAGGAGAAUAAUUUAACCUGGAAUGGCGGUGCUGAUGGCAAGGGGGACAGACUACUUGCAUUCCUGCCAUUUUAUCAUAUCUAUGGCCUAACGUGUUUGGUUCACAACGCUGUCUUUUCUGGUCUGCAUGUUGUUGUCAUGGCUAAGUUUGACAUUGAACGAUGGUGCUCUCAUGUCCAGAAUUAUCGAAUCACAUUCUCUUACAUUGUUCCUCCUGUUGUUCUCUUGCUAACGAAACACCCAAUUGUGGACAAAUAUGACCUUUCUACCUUACGUAUGAUGAACAGCGGCGCAGCACCACUGACUCACGAACUUGUCGAGUCAACGUACGCCCGCAUCAAGUGUGGUAUCAAGCAGGGCUACGGACUCAGCGAAACCAGCCCGACCACACACGCCUUAUCAUGGAACGAUUGGCGCCGCCGCAUUGGUUCUGUUGGCAAACUUCUCCCAAAUCUAGAGGCCAAAUACAUGACAUCCCCCGAAGAUGAUUCUGCACCACAAGAAGUACCCAUCGGUCAAGUUGGGGAGCUUUAUGUUCGUGGCCCGAACGUUUUCAUGGGAUAUUUGGAUAAUCCAGCGGCGACUGCUGCUUGUAUAUCCCCCGAUGGCUGGUUCAGAACCGGUGAUGUCGGAUACGAAGAUGAAGAAGGGUUUCUCUUCAUCACGGAUCGUGUCAAAGAGUUGAUCAAAUAUAAGGGAUUCCAGGUUGCUCCUGCAGAACUGGAAGGCUUGCUUACCGACUACGAAGCAGUUCAAGACGCCGCAGUCAUCGGUAUUGAGAGUGAAGAACAUGGCUCUGAGGUUCCCCGAGCCUACAUUGUGCCCAACCCCAAGAUCAUCCCCCCAGGAAGACGAACACCAGAGGAGGCAGCGAAGAUUGCCCAAUGGCUACAGGGCAAGGUUGCUCCACAUAAGAGACUGCGUGGUGGCGUCCGGUUUGUGGACGAGAUCCCGAAGAGUGUUAGUGGGAAGAUUUUGAGACGCGUACUGAAAGAUCAGGCCAAGAAGGAAGCCGCGACUAUCAAAGCGAAGCUGUAA